AGUGCUGAUCAUUCAAAAUGGGAGGCUGGGCAUUGGAAAUUGGCAAAAUGGCACUUUAUAUGACCUUCCCUGUGGCAAUGUUCCACUGGUUCAAUCAGCCGGAGUAUUUCGAGAAGUGGGUAACCGAUACUAGGCGGCAGCUGUAUCCACCGGAAAACCCUCAGCAUCGGGCCGAAAUUGAAAAGUGCAUCCGCAAUGUACGGGAGCGCCAUGAUCAGGAGCUACUGAAAGCGUUGGAAGAGAUGGAGAGAACUGAAAAAAAGUAAACGGCGGU